CUCUCUCUCACUCUCCUUUUCACCCUAUCAUUAUGGAAUCCAACAGAUUCACCCUAUCAUUUUGGAAUCCAACAGUAAUCACAAACACCCUUUUCAGUUCGUCCUUCGAAGGACUGGGGGGGUUCAUUUUUCUGAUUUUACCAAUCGUACGGUAUUCCUUAUAUAGUGGCAAAUCAUGCACAUCCCUCCUCCUUAAAAACUAGGCAUGAUUGUAUUACCACCACCACCACCACCACCAUCUCUGAGAAACCUCAAAAAUGCCUGCUGCUUCUCACCAUUAAUCUUGGGAUCCAGUUACCACCACAGGGUAAUCUCUGUGCAGUCUCAAAGGACAUGGAGACCUGCUAUGUUCCUCAACCAGAAACCCACUGUCAAAGAUGGGGUCUUGAGCAUCAACGGCAGGGAUGCUCUCGCGGGUGUACCGGAUAACGUGGUUGUCACGCCGUGGACGGAUUCCUCCGCCUUUUUGGGUGCCACUUCCGCUCACUCCACUUCCCGGCACGUUUUCAAGCUCGGUGUCAUUCAGGAUGCCAGAUUUUUAUGUUUAUUCAGAUUUAAAAUCUUUUGGAAGAUACCUCGAGUGGGAAACUCAGGAAGUGACAUUCCUGCCGAGACCCAGAUGCUGUUGCUGGAAGCAAAGGAAGAAACAACUUCUAAUGGAUCUAUCUCUUAUAUUGUUUUCUUGCCGGUGUUAGAUGGUGAAUUUAGAAGUAGCUUGCAGGGAAACUCGGCCAACGAACUUGAAUUUUGUGUUGAAAGUGGUGAUCCCGCUAUAGUAGCAUCAGAAUCUCUAAAUGCAGUUUUUGUGAAUUAUGGAAACAAUCCAUUUGAUCUGAUGACGGAAUCUAUGAAGAUUUUGGAAAAGUACACUGGAACCUUUACAAUCAGGGAACGGAAACAGAUGCCUGGGAUGCUAGAUUGGUUCGGUUGGUGCACUUGGGAUGCAUUCUAUCAGGAGGUUAAUCCACAAGGAAUCAAAGAUGGCAUAAAAAGCUUAACCGAGGGAGGCACUCCACCAAGAUUUCUGAUAAUUGAUGAUGGAUGGCAAGAUACAACUAAUGAGUUCCAGAAAGAAGGGGAGCCUAUAGUAGAAGGGUCGCAGUUUGGUGGAAGAUUAGUCAGCAUAAAAGAAAACAGUAAAUUCAAGAAAACAGAAAAUGAAGCUCCAAGCGAAGCCCCUACUGAUCUUAAGGAAUUUGUAUCUGAUAUAAAGAAGUCUUUUGGUCUCAAGUAUGUCUAUGUAUGGCAUGCACUAUUGGGAUACUGGGGUGGACUUCACCCAGACGCUCCAGGGACCAAAAAGUACAAUCCUGAAUUAAAAUUCCCUGUACAGUCACCGGGGAAUCUUGCAAAUAUGAGGGAUCUGUCGAUGGAUUGUAUGGAGAAGUAUGGUGUCGGUAUGAUUGAUCCAACCAAAGUAUCGGAAUUUUAUGACGAUCUACAUAAAUAUCUUGUCUCACAGGAGGUGGAUGGGGUUAAGGUUGAUGUACAGAACAUACUGGAAACCCUGGCAACGGGUUUAGGAGGCCGAGUCUCAUUAACUAGACAAUUUCAGGAAGCACUUGAGAAGUCUGUAGCCGCCAACUUCAAGGACAAUAGUAUAAUCUGCUGCAUGGGUCACAGCACCGAUUCGAUCUACAACUCAAAAACAAGUGCCAUUACACGUGCAUCUGAUGAUUACUAUCCGAAGAAUGCAAAAACACAGUCGCUGCACAUAGCUGCCGUGGCUUAUAACAGCAUAUUUUUUGGUGAAUUUGUCGUCCCUGAUUGGGACAUGUUUUAUAGCCUCCAUUAUGCAGCUGAGUUUCAUGCAGCUGCUCGAGCAGUGGGAGGAUGUGGGGUCUAUGUUAGCGAUAAGCCUGGACAGCACGAUUUCAAAAUACUCAAAAGGCUUGUACUUCCUGAUGGUUCAGUGCUCAGAGCUAAAUACCCUGGGAGGCCUUCACGGGAUUGCUUAUUCAGUGAUCCUGUCAUGGAUGGGGAAAGUCUUUUGAAGAUUUGGAACCUGAACAAGUUUAGUGGAGUUAUUGGGGUCUUCAAUUGCCAAGGAGCAGGAAGCUGGCCAUGUCUAGACAGUAGCAUUCUGAAUGACACCAAUGUUGAGCUAUCUGGGAAGGUGUCGCCUGCUGAUAUUGAGCUUUUUCAAGAGGUUUGCGGGGAGUCUUGGACAGGAGAUUGUGCAGUAUUCUCCUUUCAAGAAGGGUCCCUUUCUCGACUACCAAAGCAACGAUCAUUUCCAGUCACACUGGAAACCCUGCAGUGCGAUGUGUUCACCGUAUCUCCAAUCAAGGUUUACAACAAAACAAUUCGCUUCGCGCCUCUUGGAUUGAUAGAGAUGUAUAACUCUGGAGGAGCUGUCAAGGAGAUGGAGUUUUCUAAAGAUCGAAUGAGUAUCAAGGGAAGAGGGCCUGGUCGUUUUGGAGCAUAUUCCAGUCAGAAACCAAAAUCUUGCCUCGUGAACUCAAGAGAAGUGGGAUUCAAUUUCAGAAGUGAAGAUAAUCUUUUGACUAUAAUUACUCCACAUGAAGCAAAUUCUUGGGAUAUUAGCAUUGGUUAUUGAGACCCUAUUGUUUCUUCAGCGAGGUCUCACUUUUUGAGUUUUAGAUAGCCAUUGAAUCUUUUUUUAGAGGAAAAAUGUAAACAGCCUAAGACAUUUGGGGUGGGAAGAUUUCUCAUACUAUAAUUUAGUCCCAAUAUAUACUAGGAAUUUUACUA